UCGAGGGGAUUGAUGGGGGCGUUGGUCUGUCUGAUGAUGUUCGCCUACCAGAUUGUACCUUACCACAAUUUGUAGGCCACAUUAACAAAAAGUGUUGUGGUAUAACUAAGGCAAAACGCUGUUCCUGUUGUUCUUCACUAAAGCAGUUCAGCUCCCUGGAGACCAACAUCACAAUUGCCAUGGCGCAGUCAAAGCCAUCAUCAAAUGAUAAAGGUGGUCCAGUUUAUGAAGAUGAUGUCUGUAAACUGACCCUUCGUGGUGUCUAUGAUGUAAUGCUGGAGAUGGGGUUGUCCAUGGAGGGACUUACAGACCUGAAAGAAGCCCAGUUGGUCUUGAAGACAGAAAUCAUUAAGAAGGAGGCAGUCAGGUCAACAGACAAUCGCAAUCUCGCAGCCAUCUUGAAGAAGAUCAAAGAGGACCAUAAGAGAAAAUGUGACCAGUUGAUCUCGCUGUUGGAUGCCAUUGAGACAAAGAUUGACAGCGUGCCGAAGACAGAUCCACUUUGGAACCAGCUCGAUAUCAUCUGUAAAGACUAUAAAGACAUCUUCGAAAACCAGCGGACAGAGUUGAGGAAGGCUCUCUGUAAAUUACUUGUGACUGGUGAGACAUGUGCCGGGAAGACAUCUGUUAUCAACAACCUGCUGGGAGGCACAUUUCUACCGGAAAGCUUCUUGUGCAAUACUCAGGCAUUAUCAGAGAUCACCUACGGAGAGGAAAACCAUGCUGUAGCAUACCCAUGGGACAAUGGCGAGCCUUUAGAAAUUGUGCCAGAAGAAGGGAAAGACUUCUUGGAAGUUUUGAAAGAGAGGAUUGAAGCGAGAGAGGAUGAGUCGAGCCAUGGUGUCUUCAAGAGGAUUGAGAUUAACCUGAACAACGUCUUCCUCAAGGAGACAGAGGUCACCAUCAUUGAUACGCCAGGAGUGGGAGACAAUGCACAAACAACCAAGAUGGUGCAUGAACACCUCCAGGAUGCAUUUGGUUUCCUUUUCAUCAUCAACACAGCAAACCGAGGGGGUGUCCAUGAUCGGAUCUGUGAUCUUGCCAAUGAAGUGACCAGCGUAAAAAUUGACAAAAGGCAGUUCAUCCGGCCAGAAUCUGUUGUCUUUCUUGGGAACAAAUUCGAUAUGAUACCACCUAGUGACCAUGAUCGCCUGGUUAAUGACAUCCUUAUGAAACUGAGGCAGUGCUGGCCCGAGUUCAAGUCAGAGCAGUUCCUGCCCUACUGUGCUACAGAAGCUGCUGCUGUCCUGAAAGAUGGCUUCAUGACCAGACCAUUUUGUGAGCUCCUAAAUCGGUUCGAGACGCUUAUCCCAGUUGGGUCAGAUAACAAACUCAGACUGAAUUUUUUUUGGAUAGCGAACAUGCUGAGGAAGAUCAUCUUUGCGCUCGAUAUUCACAUCAACAAUAGGCAAAAAGACUUGAAGAAAAAGAAGAUGGAAUUAGAAGCAACUAUUGCAAGACUUUCAGAACUUCAAGAAGUUACGGUGAAAGACUUUAGGGCUUUCAAACACAGUCUGAAUAAAGUGGUUGAUGAGUUGGUAGCUAAGCUAAAACGAUUCUUCCUUGAUGAAAGGGUCUUUGCCAGUCUAGCUGACUGGGGGGAUGCGGAUGAUUUUAGCCUGGUUACAGACUGGGAGGAGUUAGAGAAACGGCACUACGAAUGCUUGGCAUCUCGUCUUGAUAGCCAGAUGCGGAAGUGGGACAUGGAGAAGAAGGAAUUUGAGCGUGCAAUGGAUAAAUUCCGACAAGAAGUUGAAAAACGUGUGAGUAGUAUUGGCGAGAAGUUAGAAAAAGAGAUGAGACAAGUCUCAAAUCAAGGUCAACUGAAUGAAAGGCAGUCAAAAGAGGCGGGUGAUACUGGCCGCGGCUGGUUCCGUCCAUUCCUCCACAGUAUGACGACAUUCGAGCGUGCAUUCUUUGGUUAUUCUGCUGUGGUUCUUUUCCCAGUGACGGCAGUGAUUGCAGUGUCUGCGUUCAUCUACCUCGGCUCUGUCAAGCUCUCGGACGUGAUCAGGACAUAUUUCAAAGGACAUGAGUUUAAAAGGUUUGAAGCCAAUCCAGUAGAAUACCUGAAGAAGCGCUCAGAGACUUUGAUUAAAGAGUACUGCAACUCCAAGCAAGGUCUGCGAGCUCAAGUUGUACAGAUGUUGGGUCCCUGGCAUGAGUUUGUAGACAGACUGACAGAAAUCGUCCCUGAACAAAUCAACAGGGACAAGAUGAUGAUCAAGACCUUCGUUAUUGAAAAAAAAAUUGAUGCUCAACUGAAUGAGGAGUAUCCUAUCAGGAGAAGAAGUCUAGAGGCGGUACAGAAAGCUAUGAGGCAUUUUGAAAUGUUCAGCCUGCUGCGAAUGUCCAAGGAUGUUGCUAUGUUCAGUCUGAAUGAAGUUCUGCUUGAUGAAAAUGAGAAAUCCAAGAUUUGCGGUGGGUUCAAUGCCGACAUAUAUCGAGCUGCUCUCCGCAUCCUCCCUGCAGCCACUCCAGAUGAAGUCCGUGCUAUGAUUCAGGAUGGCCAGAAAAUGAUGCAGGCAAAUCUCACAAGUAUUGCUGAAAUGCAUGAGCCGAUAGCAAAGGAGGAAGGAGAUGAUGUGUUCCCUUCAACUUUAACUGAGUUGGAGCAAUCCUUUCAAAACUCGGGUGGAAAAUCUGAUGUUGAUGAAAUGGAUGAUGGGGUUCGACAUGCAUCUUUCUCUGGUGAAGGUGAUACCUCGUACCGCACAGAUAAGGUAUUCAAAGCGUUCAAGAUGUCGGUCAACAGUUCGGAGGAAGACGGUGGGAAGGUCAAAGAGGUUGCACCCUGCUGUCUUCAGGGAGGCGAUAGGGCCGAAGAGGAGAGGAAGGGAGAGACAGGCUCGGUUGAUCACGGAGGAAAUGGGCAGAACAGUGUGAAAGAGAUUAGGUCAUGUUCACUGGGUAAAGACAAGGUUGUGAUGCCCGAGGAUAAAGGUGCAGUUCAAGGUAUUUCCGGUGCUACAUCUAGUGGUGGUGAAAGGAAGUUAGAGGAGGAGGCAGAGGCUAUAGAGGAAGUGGGUGGAGAAGCUCCUUUGGCGGAUAGGCAGCCAAAGAUUUUAUCUCUGAUGAAUGAACUCCAUCAAGGGCAGGGUGCAGUUGCAAAAGAUGUCGAACAGAAUACGUCGCACGCAGGUCAAGCUCAGCGGCUAUUAGGUGCUACCAGCAACAAACCAAAGAUGUCUAGCCUCCCUGCUAAUUUGAGGAAUGUGCAGGAUAGCAGGAUCGUCCAAAGUGUUGUAAACCGAGGACAAAGUUUUGAUGUGCCGGCCAGUGCGCCAGGUGCGGAUGACAUCCGUGGGUGCUGCACACGACAGCCGAUAUCAGGCAAGAUGGGCCUCAUCUCAAUCCGCUGCAUUAGAAUGAAAAUCCUUGAGAGAGACAUCUACCAUUACCUUGAGGAGGAGAGGUGUUAUAGUUGCCACCAGUGUCCAAAUCUGGUGAAGUUCAAAGGGACUUGCAUUAGCGAAAACAAAGUCUACCAUAAAUUGGAGCCAUUGCAGUGCGGUCUUCGCCAAUUUGUCAUGGAGAAACUGUGGGAUAUACCCAUAGAUCUGUCACCAGGUGGCAGCCCGCCAAGAGAAACAAAGUCGCCAAAGGUCUCUGUCCCCGCAGAUGUCCCCAAGUACAAUAUGAUCAAGGAUUGGCUGCUAUCGAUAUUGGAAGGACUCGUCUACCUUCAUGCCAAGGAACUCACCUCUCUCAACCUGUCUCUGGAUAGCAUUGCCGUUGACACUAACAAUGUCAUCAAACUGACCAACAUCUCCUGUCCAAAGCGCAUCAUCUUUUUCGAGCAGUUGAGUUCAAUGACCAAAGAUGACCUACGCUCUUUUCGCUAUAUUGCUCUGGAGGCAUUUGAACAGAAUCCCAAGAAGGAUAGAUGUAGAUACACUUCGGAAUCAGACAUGUACGCAUUUGGACUACUUAUCUGGGAGAUACUUUGUGGGAAGGUUGUUUUCGAGGACGAUUUUAACAACAAGAGUACAGACUUAGACACGGCAGACAAAUUCAUGGAGUUUAUUCGAACCCGACGACCUGUCUUACCAACAUCGGAACUUUGUCUUUCGGACUCGGAUUUUUCAAAUCACCUGAUGCAAAUCCAGAGCAAAUGCUGGAAGUUUGAUUUAAACCAGCGGAUCACAUCUGAACUGUGUAUGGGGCUGGUCAGAACUGAACCUCGUCCACCACCUAUGCCCGCAGCAAGGUUUUAGGUUGAAAUCAAAUUGACUCUCUGAGACAGUUGGUUUUGUCAUGGCUGAGUCACAUUGUCACUGGUAAUGAUUCACGCCUCGUGAUAAACGUGUCAACAAAGGAAUUUUCACACUUUGGAAAUGAAUUUGUCAUUUUUCAGUUCACGGGUGAAUGAUUUGCAUCAGGAAGCAUGUUAGGUGACUAUUUAACGUUCAUGACAUUUCCCCGUGUAUGUGUACUCUUGGAAACCCUGAUGAUGAUAUUGCAAAAUACAUGUACAUUUUUGCAGAUAUGUAUUGAGAUAGAAACUGACCACACUCAUUGGCUCGGCCACACAUGUCUGUUUGUAAUUUUGUAUAAAAUGUGUUAUAAUGGUGCUAGCAUGAAUUACGUGUAUAUAGACUGCUGGUAUGCAUAUCUGUAAUACUUUGUUUACGCCAGCCAAGAUGCGCUUGUCUCGUUCAUCUAUUUUACCUUUAAAAGGCCUUUGUAAAAAGAUGCCGCUUGACCAGUGUAAACCUGUCGACACCAUACUAUGAAGUGCUGAUUAGUUUGUGUUUGACAGUGUGUUCUGGAAAAUGUCAUGGUUUACAAUCAUGUGUUUUAAAUGGUAUAGGGCAAGACCCAUUCGUUUUUGGAUGAAAUAAAGUUCAAA